AUGGAGCCCAGGCUGAUGACUUUCUUACUUCUGGCAAUAGUGCUACGCCACAGUGAUGCAUCGGUCUUUAAAUUUACGAAUGCGGUUUGUAAGUCCUUGAAUGCCACAUUGCUCACCAUCAACGAGUGUCGACUGAAGGCCAUCAAUCGGACUCGAACAGUGUAUAAUUUUUUUUCUACUCUGCAUUAUCCGGUGCAUGAUGUGACCGUUGAGUUUCAGCUAUUCAAGAGGGCCAAUGGAUAUAAGCCAUGGCUAUAUAAGACUAAAAUCAAUGCUUGCCAGUUCCUAAAGAGGCCAUACAGUCCGAUAGUAAUUAUAAUAUUUAAGCUCAUGAAGGACAACAGCAACUUCAACCAUACGUGCCCUUACGUGGGGCCGAUGUUUAUAAAGGAUCUGUGUAUUCAAUCGGAUAAUCUUCCUCUAGUAUUCCCCACUGGCGAAUACUUAGUGGCAUCCAAGUGGUACUCAGUAAAGAAAUUAGCAUUGGUGGUGGAUUUAUAUUUCUCAUUUGUUGAGGAUCUAAUAAAUCAAUAA